GUCUCUUGUUCGUCUCUGCUCGCCACAUCGCUUCUCCUGUAGUUACAUGGACAUAUCGAACGCCAUUUUCAAAGUUUCAUUCGCACACUACGAUGUCCGCUGCCGUUUCAAAGUCCUAUUGAGUUUGUGGGGUAAUUAGUGUUCUUCAACGUUGUCUGCAGAUGCAAUAUACACGAGUGAUUACUAUUGCUGGCUGGCCUGACGUGUAAGUGCAUGCAGCUUUCUUUCCCAUCUGACACACUCCUAUGUUGACAUCGCACAUGUGAGAUAUAGUGUAUCACACAGCAUCGAACUAUAAGCUGCAGAAGCUAAGCCUCGGCUUUUUGGCGUUCACCUCGGCAACUGACCAUAUAUAAGAGGCCAUGUUGCAAGAGGGAAACUAUACUUAAACAUUCCCUUCGUACUUGCCCUGUAACUAUACUAUCAUGACAGACUUCGCUUCGCUCAAGAAACAGUUCAAGGGAGAUUUAGUGACUCCCUCUGAUCCAGGAUAUGAAGAAGCCAUUGAUCGGUGGGCACACAACGCUGCUAGGCGAGCCAAGGUUGUUGCCUUCGUCAAGGAUCCUCAGGAUGUCUCCUUGGCCAUUAAAUAUGCAAAGGCCAAUGCUCUACCUAUCGCAAUUCGCGGAGGAGGACACAGUGCAGCCGGGACGUCUUCCAGUGAAGACGGUCUAGUGAUCGAUCUUUCUAGGUACAUCAACGGUGUCACUGUUGAUGCAGAGAAACGUUUGGCAUAUAUUGGAGGUGGCGCCGUUUGGAAGACGGUCGAUCAUGCUGCCAUUCAGCAUGGGCUUGCCACUGUCGGUGGUACAGUCAAUCAUACUGGUGUCGGGGGUCUCGCACUUGGAGGCGGGUAUGGUUGGUUAAGUGCGCAACAUGGCCUUGUAAUAGAUAACCUUGUCCAGGCUACGGUAGUCCCAGCGGACGGCUCCGUUUUAACUGCAAAUUCUUCUGAAAAUUCUGACUUGUUCUGGGCCAUCCGUGGUGGCGGUUGCAACUUCGGUGUCGUAACCAAAUUUGUCCUCAAGCUCUUUCCUCAGCGUCGAUCAGUAUUCGCUGGUCAGAUUGCAUUUACCCCGGACAAGCUGGAACAAGUUGGGGCGGCCCUUGACAAGUGGUGGCCAAAUGCUGGUAGUUCAGGAAAGGCAUGUUUGACGGGUGUUAUGACUCGGGGACCUGACGGCAAUCCCUGUAUUGUUAUUUCUUUUUUCUACAAUGGCUCAGAAGCUGAGGGACGGGAGCACUACAAGGACCUUUACGAUAUCGGUCCAGUCGCCGAUACGGCCAAGGAGAUACCUUACGAAGAGGUGAACGCGAUGCAGAAUGCGCUCACGGUUCCCGGUUUCAAUUAUUACAUGAAAGGCGUACUAUUGUCCGACACCCCAUCAAAGGACCUGCGUCGCGAGGUGUUUGAUAGGGCGCUUUCACUGUCUAAGGAAGAUCUGAACGUUGCGAUAAUUCCGGAAUUUGUGCCACACGACAAGAUCAACAGCGUUCCGGCCGAUGCAACCCCAUACCGGCGUAACCUUCGGGGGAACACCCUUAUCCUUAUUCAAUGGAAAGAGCACACGCCGGAGAAGGGGAAGGCAGCGAGAGCUGCAGCUCACGAGUUGGCAGGUUUGAUGCCUAAAGGUGAAGGUUAUGGAAAUUAUGCUGGCACAGAUGAUGCCGCUUCGUCUAAGAUAGGAGUGGCCCCUGCUGAGAAGAGUCAAGAGUUAUUCGGACAGCGUUAUCCUAGAUUGCAAGCUAUAAAGAAGAAAUACGACCCAGAGAUGAUCUUCCAUAAGUGGUUCCUCAUUGUCCCAGCUUGAACCUUGUUCUGUGUUGGUUGGAUUUGAUGACUUAGAUGUAUAUUACUGAACGCAGAGUAUCAAGAAUUUUUGUUCCAUUAGCCGGUAAAUUAUCUAUACGUCCGCUGAUGGGCUUCUUUGUCUAAUGGCGAUCUUUGACUAUGGUCUCUUUGACUGUGGCUGGAAUGCCGUGAUCACUUUUUUGAAUAAAUAGGUGACCCAUGCCAUCUUCAUUGU